AUGUUGUAUUUAGUCGGGUUAGGUCUUUCAUACAAGUCAGACAUCACUGUUCGUGGUCUUGAAGCAGUUAGAAAAUGUUCUAGAGUGUAUUUGGAACAUUACACGAGUAUUCUUAUGGCCGCUUCUCAGGAAGAGUUGGAAGAAUACUAUGGUAAAGAAAUCAUAUUGGCUGACAGAGAAAUGGUAGAGACAGGGUCUGAUAAGAUCCUUCACAAUGCAGAAAACGAGGAUGUUGCAUUCUUAGUCGUUGGCGAUCCAUUUGGUGCUACUACACAUACAGAUUUGGUAUUAAGAGCCAAGCAUUCAAAUAUCCCGGUCGAGAUCAUCCACAACGCUUCUGUGAUGAAUGCCGCUGGUUCAUGUGGUCUACAAUUGUACAAUUUUGGUCAAACUGUCUCAAUGGUGUUUUUCACCGACAAUUGGAGGCCUGAUUCUUGGUAUGACAAGAUUUGGGAAAACAGAAAGAUUGGCCUCCACACCUUAGUUCUCUUGGAUAUCAAAGUCAAGGAACAAAGUAUCGAGAACAUGGCUCGUGGCAGAUUGAUCUACGAACCACCACGCUACAUGUCAAUCUCCCAAUGUUGUGAACAAUUACUAGAAGUUGAAGAAAAUAGAGGCACCAAGGCCUACACUCCAGAUACACCUGCCGUGGCCAUCAGCAGACUUGGUUCAGGCUCACAAUCUUUCAAAGUUGGUACCAUCAAGGAACUCUCCGAAUAUGACGCUGGUGAACCAUUACACUCUCUAGUUAUUCUAGGUAGACAAUGUCACGAUUUGGAGUUAGAAUAUCUCUUGGAAUUCACCGACAACAGGGAGAAAUUCACCAACGACGUUCGUGCUGAUCAAGAGUACUUCAAGCCUGCUCCAUGGGUCCCACCAACCGAGCCAGCUGAUGAAUAG